ACUAACCACGAUAGUUUCGCAGCAAUAACAAGUGAAAACGUAAGAAAAGUGAGAAAAACUGCAAGAGCAGAAUAUCUUUCUGCUCCCACAAAGCGAAAAAGUGCAAAAAAAGAGUUAAUUAAAGUGUAUACAAAUUAUAUAGUUUCUAAAUUAUAAAAGCAGCCGCGCGUCCUAUAAAAAUCUGAGAUCGCACUCACACACCAGCAAACAACUCGAACGAUUGCCAUUUGCUGCUGCGCCUCCUUCCACGCACACACACAGACACACACAUGCAAAGUUGCGCCUUUCGUCAUCUCUCUCUGUCGCUCACAUCGUCGCACUUUUCAUCGCAGCUGCAACGCAAAUUCCAGAAAGGAGCCACAAAAACACCAACAAAUCACAGAAUCCUUGCCGUAGCCCAAAAUCACAGCAUACUGCUUGCAAAGAUGUUGCGGGCCCUGCGGCAGUGAAACCCAGUUUUAUAGGCCUCACCCCCAGCCCUUUUUUGGGGGGCCUAAAGCACGAGGAGCAUGUUUAAGAAGAUCUUUACGUACAUACAAAAAAAUGCCAGCAGCUCCAACAUGUUUAGCCCAACAACGACACCCACAGCAGCGGGAGCUGCAACAGCGGGAGGAGGAGCGACGGUGGCACCACCAUUGAAUGGGCAUGAGGAGGGCGCUGCCACGAGGCGACGCAUCGAGUAUGAGGAUGAGGCACAGGACAGUGGGCUCUUGCUGGAGGAGGAAGAGGACGAGGACGAAGAGGCGGACGAGUUCAUCAUGGAGGAUGACAUUGAGCGACAAAUCAAGACAUCCAUAAUCGAUGCCACGAAAGUGCAUGCAGCCAAGGCCAAGGCCAUGGCUAUGACGCUGCCGCUGCAGCUGCCCUCCAAUCUCCAAAUGGAUGAUGAGCUGGCGGACUUUGCCAAUGCACCGGUGACGCCCAAUGAUGGCGAACUGGACGAACAGUUCCUGGAACUGGAUAAUUUUCCCAAUAACGAGAUUAUCGUCCUGGGCGAGACAGAUCUGCUCAACACUUCCCUUGCCUCGGACAACAUUUCCGAGGAUCCCCUGGCCAUAGACAAUAUUCUGGACUCGUCUUCGGUGACCACCAACGAGGAGGUGGACACCAGCGGGGAUCUGCUCUGGCUGAAACUCAACACGGAAUCGGAGGCACUGAGCGGAGCGGCUGUUGGUGGCAGAAGCGUCGCUGUGCCACAGGCCAAGGCCAAGACCAAAGAAGAUGAGCUGCGGGACGGUGGAUCCGACUCGGGAUUGGGCAGCGAAACGACCAGAAUUACGCUCAAGCAGCAAUCAUCAGCGGUGCCGGAACCCAAGCGUUCGAAUCUGAAGCGUCGGCUGGAGGAUAACGAAAGCGAUGCCAUCGAUCUGGUGCCCGAUAUGUCCGGCUCUGCACUCUCCACAACCAGCACCGUGGCGGCACAGAAGCGGCCAAAGCGCAGCAUUAACUUUGACAAUGUCAAAAUCUACUACUUCCCUCGGCAGCAGGGAUUCAGCUGUGUGCCCACCAUCGGUGGCUGUACGCUGGGGAUGGGUGCGCGCCAUAUUGCCUUUAAGACUAUGACGCUGGCGGAGCAUGCGGCGGAGCUGAGGCGUGCGCAUCGCAGCCAGAAUCAGGAUGUGCAGCCACGCGGCUCGAGCAGCGACGAUACCGAGGAAUCGGAGGAGGAUUUCCUCAGCGAGGGCAGCGGCUCGGAUGCGGACGAUGGCUCCAAUGGUUUCCUCACGACAAUGUCGCCCAAGCAGCGGCGUGCGCUGCUCAAGGCGGCGGGCGUGCGCAAGAUCGAUGCCAGCGAGAAGAUCGAGUGCCGAGACAUACGAAACUCCCGCGAAGUGUGCGGCUGUUCGUGCAGGGAAUUCUGCGAUCCGGAGACCUGCGCCUGCAGCCAGGCGGGCAUCAAAUGCCAGGUGGAUCGCUCCAUGUUCCCAUGCGGCUGUUCGCGCGAGGCCUGCGGCAACACCGUCGGCCGCGUGGAGUUCAAUCCGACGCGUGUGCGCACCCACUACAUUCACACGGUGAUGCGGCUGGAUCUGGAGCAGCGUCAGGGCGCCCAGGGGCACAUACAGCAACAGCCGCCGCAGAGCAGCUCCCUCACGUACUCUUCCGUGGGCACAGGUGUGCCCAGUGGUGCUGUGGCCUCCCCCACAGCCGCCGCCUCCCACUGUUACUUCAUGCAAACCCAAUCGAAUUACAGUUCGGGUUAUGCCUCUCCAGCGUACACGCCCGAGAGCAGUCUCAGCUACUACCAGCAGCAACAGCAACAAACUGUGGUGGUUGUGUCUCCUCCCAUUCUCCCGAGCAAUGCCCAGCAGCAGCAGCAGCCACAGAGCAGCUAUGCGGCGGCCUAUGCACAGUUGGAUAGCCUGGAUUCGGGUUUGUUUGCGACAGGCAGCAAUGCCACACCCUCCUAUGGGGAACUCUAUCAAUCUCUGAGCUACGGCAGUGCACAGCUCACUUCCUACCAGUCCGCCUAUCAACCGCUUGCUGCAUCACCCGUUGCCGUCGCGCCCAGUGGCGGUUUUAGAUCCUGUUCGGUGCCAUCGGCGCCGCCCUUUGGUAAUGCCACAACGACAGCGUCGAGCAAUGCCCAAUAUCAAACCACCGCCGCCUCCAUGACUGCUGCCUCAUCGAUCAGUGGCAGCAGCAGCAGCAGCAGUUGCAAUCGCCUCAGUGGCACCACAAUAGCCGCGUCCUCCUCCUCCACCGCUACCGUCGCCACCGCCGCAGCUGCCUCGGCCACCGCCACGACCAAUGAUUUCAUUAAUCUGAAUGCACCGCUCGCCAGUUCCUCACGCCUCUCCCAGAUCAAUGAUCUGCUGCAGCACAAUCGCAAUACCACCGCCGCCUUGGUGGCUGUUUCCGAGGGUUACAGUGGCGUCAGAACCAACUCUACUUCCUCCACCAUCGACUCCAUUGAUACGCCGCCCAUUGUUGAGGAUACGCAGCGCAGCUGCAUGUCCUUUGAGGCGUUGCCGCCGCCACUUGUCAAUCCCACGCCCAUUGUGGCGGUGGUACAGAGUAAAAUGCCAACGAUAGCGGCCAUCAAUCCACCGCGAACAGCACCACAGCCACGACAGCCUCUCGAUGUGCAAUCCCUAAACGAAAAUGCAUAAAACAGACGUAUAGAGAGAGAAGAGAAGAGAGAGCUGGGAAUAGUUUUUAUAGCAAUUUUACACAGCAAAAGACUUCAUUACGUUUAAGGUGACAGCGACACGGCGGCAGUGGCAUCGGCAAGCCUUCCACACACACAAACGCAAACACACAUCUCACACACACACACACCCCUUGUAUAAAUCAUCUUUUUAUUGUUAACAAACUAAAACCCAAUCUAGUUAGUCUCGUAAAUGCGAAAAAUUUAAUUU